AUGAGGCCGACGCGUCAUCGCUCCUCACUGGCGGAUGUAAAACUUGUCAUCGGCUGCGGCUUCGACACGCAGUCACUCGGUUGUAUGCGGCGAGAAGGACAAGCGCGUUUGCCUCCAGCUGGAGAUUCGGGUUGUUGCCGGAGAUGCAAGCGUCGGAUGCGCUUCACUAGCCGGAUUGUUGUUUAUUGUGCAACGAUGAGGGCGGAGGAGUAUUUGUGGAUUCCCGUCGUCGUUGUGCUUCUCCUUUGUCGUGCAUCUGCUUCGCAAUUCUCUUACUCCGUUUCCGAGGAGAUGAACAAAGGCGCGGUGGUGGGGAAUAUCGCCAAGGAUUUGAACCUCGAUUUGCAGGAGCUGCACAACCGAGACCUGCGUAUUGUGUCAAGUUACAGUAAGAAAUACAUUGACGCAGAUCUUGGGACGGGGAACCUCUUUGUUCACGACAAAAUAGACCGGGAGGAGCUUUGUCCCAACGCGGCGCAAUGCUUUGUGAGAAUGCAGGCGGUGCUGAGCAACCCGAUGAGCGUGCACCGCAUUGACGUCAAUGUUUUAGAUGUCAACGACAACUCGCCGACGUUUGAGGAACAAUUGCACACCUUAAAGAUAUCUGAGAACGUAGCACCCGGAGAGAGAUAUUUCCUCCCAGAAGCAGAGGAUUCGGACACGGGAAGCAAUUUAGUCAAGACGUAUGAAUUGAGUCCAAAUGAGCAUUUUACGCUGGAUGUGCAGAGUGCUGGAAAACACGGCGUGUCUGCAGAGCUGGUGCUGCGCAAAUCUUUAGAUCGAGAGAAAGAGCCUGUUCAUGAGCUCACGCUCACCGCUGUCGAUGGAGGAAAACCGGCUAAAUCGGGCACGUUACAAAUCAAAGUCGUGGUCAUGGAUGUGAACGACAACACGCCCGUUUUCAGCAAGUCGCUUUACAAAGUGCGUGUGAGUGAAAACGCUGCACUGGGAUCAUUUGUGAUCAAAUUAAACGCAACGGAUAUCGACGAAGGCACGAACGGCAAGAUCACGUAUUCUUUCAUUCAACGAGGCAACAAUGACCCGUCAAACGUUUUCAAUCUCAAUUGGGAAACGGGAGAAAUCACCGUGAAAGGUGCUUUGGAUUACGAGGAGACUCCUGCUUAUGAAGUCAGGAUCCAAGCAAUGGAUCGAGGCGCCGUUCCUCGUAGCGCGCAUGCUAAACUCCUCAUCGAGAUAAUUGAUGUGAACGACAAUGCCCCCGAAAUCACGGUGACGUCGCUGAUGACGCCGGUCAAGGAAAACGCAGAAUCGGGGACAAUCGUCGCUUUGGUUACCGUGAGCGAUAAGGAUGCUGGGAACAACGGUGUAGCCAACUGUCAGGUGGGCGGAUCUGUUCCCUUUAAGUUCAAUUCCAACUACAACAAUGAUUAUUCUUUAGUAGUUGACGGAGCACUAGACAGAGAAAACGCCUCCCUGUAUAAUGUGUCCAUCAUAGCCACUGAUGAUGGAAGUCCACCUCUGUCCACGAGAAGAAUAAUUACCGUUCACGUUUCUGACGUUAAUGACAAUGCGCCUCGAUUUAGGGAACCUGUCAUGAAUGUGUAUGUCAAAGAAAAUAGUCCAAUAGGAUAUUCUCUUUGCUCCAUAAAAGCAGCUGACCCGGAUUUGGGCCAAAAUGCUCAAUUGUCAUACACACUGUUAGAUAGUCAUCCCAGGAAUAUUCCAAUUUCAUCACUUCUCAACAUCGACUCGGAGAGCGGCGACAUCGUCACUUUGCAGUCGUUCGACUACGAGACGCUCAAGACGUUCGAGUUCAAAGUCCAGGCCGCGGACCGCGGCGUUCCUCCGCUCAGCGCCGAGGUGAGCGUCACCGUUUUUAUCCUGGACGAGAACGACAACAGUCCCGGCAUUCUGCCGCCCUAUUCCGAGCACGGCUCGGCCAACGGCGAGAGCGUCCCCUUUUCUGCCGAAGCGGGAUACUUCGUGGCGAAGAUCAGGGCCGUCGACGCAGACUCGGGAUACAACGCGCUGCUCUCCUAUCGCCUGUCCGAGCCCAAAGGCGGCGACGACGGGCUCUUCCGGAUCGGAAGCGGCACCGGGGAGAUUCGGACCAAGAGGAGAAUGAGUGACGAUGACCUGAAAAGUCACCCCUUGGUGGUGUUGGUGUGUGAUCACGGAGAAGCCUCCCUGUCAGCUACUGUGUCUAUUGACGUGCUGGUGCUGGAAAGCGCAGCCGACGUCCGCGCUCCGUUCAGACACGUGCCCGGAAAGGAGGAGAGCUUCUCCCGUUUCCACUUGUAUCUGCUCAUCGCCAUCGCGGCCGUGUCGCUCGUCUUUCUGCUCGGCCUGCUGGCUUUCGCGGCCCUCAAAUGCCGCGGACGGACGGACGGCGCCCCGACGAUCGGCGCCCGCCCCGACGGGAGCCGGUCUUACUCCAAAGCCACUCAGCAGUAUGACGUGUGUUUGGGCUCGGACACGCUCAAGAGCGACUUGGUGCUCUUCCCCUCGGCCUUUCCGCCGGGGGAAGCGGAACUCAUCAGCAUUCACGGCGGGGACACCUUCGGCAGGACUCAGACUUUGCCUCAUACCGAGAAGGUAGGCUGGCAAUUUGUAUAUUUUGUUCCGUAUACGCGACUGCCUCUAGUCUGACAGUUAAUAGCGACAUAUAAACUAUAAACAAGUAACAACACAGUUGCUGAUAUCAAACUUCCCCAGUAGUUGUGACAACAUUUUGCUCGUCUCAAACAUGUCUAAGCACAAGAAUCAUGCUUACAAUCGUCAAAUAAUCAUAAUCUAUCACAGAUGGAGGAUCCAAUUUGAUUUUCCUCUGCAUUUUGCACUCACGCUGUAGACUGCUGUAAGCUUGCUAUAAACCGGCUGGUGUCGGUUUCACACGAAGGCCUUGUGUGUUCCCUGUAAUGUUGGCGCGACUCUGGUCGUCUCUGUGGUCCUGAAUUUCCAUUCUUUGCUUUACAUAAGCACUCAUUUUCUACUUGGCGGUGGGAAACAGCAACUCAAAUGUCACUGUCCGUGGUGCCGGACUUGCUGUUGGUACACUUUUGCGACUUCUUCAUCUCAUGUAUCAGAUUGGGAAUCGAUCCAUCAAUUUCGUAUCUACCGCUGGGCGGUCCCGUUCAGAGCGGCGGGGAGCUGGAGCCGAUGCCAGUUUACGACAGGCGAACGGCGGACUGCCCCAUUGACUGGGCAUCGGUCGAUCGCAGUCACACCGUCACUGAGUGGGAACUGAAACCACACCGGCUGAAGUCAGGGGAGGGAAGAUUUACAGGAGCGUCAAACUCAUUUUUGUCACGGGUCGGUACGGUUUCCCCCCAGAGGGCCGUUGUGGCUGUGGAACCAUGAAAUAAACGUUUAACCGCCUCAUUCUGCGUUACAUAUACACAACAAACUGAUGGAUCAGUGGUUCUGAAAUCAGAACGAAGUCAGGGAUAAUAGUUGGUUCAACUUUUUAUUCACGUUACUGUAAAAAGGUGGUUGGUAACCAAAGAAUGCUUGCAUUUUAUCAACGGAUGUAUUUAUGACACAUGGGAAUUUGACUUUUUGGCACAGGUUUUCACAAGAAUCAGAAAAGUUGCCGCAAAUGAUUUGCUCAUGCGGCCCACAUAAAACGAUGCGGUGGGCCGGAUGUGGCCCCCGGGCCUUGGGUUUGACACUGACAAUUUACACCAUCGGUAAUUCCAAAUUAAGUGUGAUAAUUAUGAUUAUACGUUGCAGUCGUAGUAGCAGUAAGAGUAACGUCAGAAUUGAUACGUUUGUUUGUUUUGUUUGGUGUCAACAACAUGGGAAGAAGUUAGUUUUAAGUUUAUAAACAGUCGUUUUUUGGGGGUUCUGAAUAUGUUAUUCAUGAAA